AUGCCGCCCCCAUCAGACAUUGUCAAAGUAGCCAUUGAGUGGCCAGGUGCUAACGCUCAGCUCCUUGAAAUCGACCAGAAACGGCCCCUGGCAUCCAUUAUCAAGGAAGUUUGUGAUGGGUGGUCGCUGCCAAACCCGGAGUAUUACACCCUCCGAUAUGCAGAUGGCCCCCAGCUCUACAUCACCGAGCAGACGCGCAGUGACAUUAAGAAUGGAACCAUCUUACAGCUGGCCAUCUCCCCGUCCCGGGCUGCACGCCAGCUGAUGGAGAGGACCCAGUCGUCCAACAUGGAGACCCGGCUGGAUGCCAUGAAGGAGCUGGCCAAGCUCUCUGCUGAUGUGACCUUUGCCACUGAGUUCAUCAACAUGGAUGGCAUCAUUGUGCUGACACGGCUUGUGGAAAGCGGAACCAAGCUCUUGUCCCACUAUAGUGAGAUGCUGGCAUUCACCUUGACUGCCUUCUUAGAGCUCAUGGACCACGGCAUUGUCUCCUGGGACAUGGUUUCCAUCACCUUCAUUAAGCAGAUUGCAGGGUACGUGAGCCGGCCCAUGGUGGACGUGUCCAUCCUUCAGAGGUCCCUGGCCAUCCUGGAGAGCAUGGUCUUGAAUAGCCAGAGUCUGUACCAGAAGAUCGCGGAGGAAAUCACCGUGGGACAGCUCAUCUCUCACCUCCAGGUCUCCAACCAGGAGAUUCAGACCUACGCCAUUGCACUGAUUAACGCGCUUUUCCUGAAGGCUCCUGAGGACAAGCGACAGGAUAUGGCCAAUGCCUUUGCACAGAAGCACCUUCGGUCCAUAAUCCUGAACCAUGUGAUUCGAGGAAACCGCCCAAUCAAAACCGAGAUGGCCCAUCAGCUGUACGUCCUGCAAGUCCUGACCUUUAACCUUCUGGAAGAAAGGAUGAUGACCAAGAUGGACCCCAAUGACCAGGCUCAAAGGGACAUUAUAUUUGAACUGAGAAGAAUUGCAUUCGAUGCCGAGUCUGACGCUACCAGUGUCCCCGGGAGUGGGACUGAGAAGCGCAAAGCCAUGUAUACGAAGGACUACAAAAUGCUGGGAUUUACUAACCAUAUCAACCCAGCGAUGGACUUUACCCAGACUCCUCCUGGAAUGCUGGCCUUGGACAACAUGCUGUACUUGGCGAAAGUCCAUCAGGACACCUACAUCCGGAUCGUCCUGGAGAACAGCAGCCGGGAGGACAAACACGAGUGCCCCUUCGGCCGCAGCGCCAUCGAGCUCACCAAAAUGCUCUGUGAAAUCCUGCAGGUUGGGGAACUGCCCAAUGAGGGCCGCAACGACUACCACCCGAUGUUCUUCACCCACGACCGCGCCUUCGAGGAGCUCUUCGGGAUCUGCAUCCAGCUGCUGAACAAGACCUGGAAGGAGAUGAGGGCGACAGCCGAGGACUUCAACAAGGUCAUGCAGGUGGUUCGAGAGCAGAUCACUCGAGCUUUGCCCUCCAAACCCAGCUCUUUGGAUCAGUUCAAGAGCAAACUGCGUAGCUUGAGCUACUCUGAGAUCCUGCGGUUGCGCCAGUCCGAGCGGAUGAGUCAGGAUGACUUCCAGUCCCCGCCAAUCGUGGAGCUGAGGGAGAAGAUCCAGCCUGAGAUCCUGGAGCUGAUCAAGCAGCAGCGGCUGAACCGGCUCUGUGAGGGCAGCAGCUUCCGGAAGAUCGGGAACCGCAGGAGGCAAGAACGUUUCUGGUACUGCCGCUUGGCCCUGAACCACAAGGUCCUGCACUACGGUGACUUGGAUGACAACCCGCAAGGGGAGGUGACGUUUGAAUCCCUGCAGGAAAAAAUUCCUGUUGCAGACAUUAAGGCCAUUGUCACUGGGAAGGAUUGUCCCCACAUGAAAGAGAAGAGUGCUCUGAAACAGAACAAGGAGGUGUUGGAGUUGGCGUUCUCCAUCCUCUAUGACCCUGAUGAGACCUUAAACUUCAUCGCACCCAAUAAGUAUGAGUACUGCAUCUGGAUUGAUGGCCUCAGUGCCCUUCUGGGGAAGGACAUGUCCAGUGAGCUGACCAAGAGCGACCUGGACACCCUGCUGAGCAUGGAGAUGAAGCUGCGGCUCCUGGAUCUGGAGAACAUCCAGAUUCCCGAAGCCCCGCCGCCAGUGCCCAAGGAGCCCAGCAGCUAUGACUUUGUCUAUCACUACGGCUGAGCCUGGAGCCAGACUCCACGGUGCCCAGAAAGGGAUUUGGGGCCCAGAAGAAACACCCACAGACUGGUGCCUUGUCUUUUGCUUGUACAGAAUCUGUAGUGACCACGGUGGCCAGUAAAUGCCAGCCAUUCCUCAGACUCCCCUCAGACCACCCAGAGCUUCCUCUUGGUCCCCACCCGCCGCCACAAGUCACCAAGGCAGGGUGCUCGGCCCUCCCUGUCACCGCGGAGCCUGGGAUCAGAGCAUGAGGAAUGAACAGCAGGCACCCCUGCCUUCCAGGCCAGGGACUGCUUGGGCUGGAGUUAACAAGUCACUCACCUUUUCUUCCUGAGUCUGCUCUCCAGUCAGCUGGAUCCCUGGGUAUGCAAGCGCGAGCCCAGCAAAGGCUGCCUGCGGAGGACAGACGUUCUGGGCAUAUCGAGAGCCUCAGAGAGACUGCCUUUGGGUGACCCGUGCCUGUGUCUCACAUCCAAGCAGAGGCCUUGGCCUUUGCCUGGUAGAUGCCUUGCCCUUGCUUUCAUCGCCUUCGUGAGGGCUCACUCCGGCCUCAUUCAGUGCCAACAGGCUGCUGCCACUGAGGCUCGGCUCUAACAUCUCUGGUCUCCGGAGCCACUAGAUCUCUCUUGCCCAUGCACUUGUCUGGGCGGAUGGAAAGUUCUCCCUACCAAGCUCUCAGGCUCUCAUCCUGGCAAGUCAAAGACGUGCGAGCUAAGUCCUCCCCUCUAGUCUCAAAGAACUCUGCAGGGAGAGCCCAGACGAGGCCUGGGCGAAACUGGUGAGGCCACUAGAGUCCACUCCCUCCCCCCCUCCUCCCACAUUUUUAUCUUUUCCUUCCUUAGAGAGAAAUCUCUCACCUAACCUGAAUGGCAGCCCCCUCCUCUUUGCUUUCCUUUGGCCUCCCCGACCUCAGGAAGUUUGGCCUUCCCUUCCCCCCAUCCCAGUGCUGUGGUUUCUGCCAUUGGCCAUGAUUUCAGGGAGCUAGCUGAGGCCACAGCAGUGCCAACGGGGCUUCCCUGGUGCUGCGGCACAUGUCAACCACGCCCCCAGCCUCUCUCCUUGGACAUGUGAACACAGUGGCAAUCAGUAUCGUAGUAGCCCGGCAUGGUAGGUACUGCCCGAUGAAGAGUGUACUAUAUAUUUUCUUUACUAGAGGCCAUACUUAUACAAACGUGUAUAUAUAUUUAUAUAAGAUCUACCUAUCCUAGGACGGAAUGUUUGAAGGAAAAUAAAAUUGGAGGCUCCCUCUAAAAAAAACAAACAAAAAUAUCCUCCACUUCCAGUUGUGAGCCAAGAGAGUAACCCGAGAGCAGCCAGGAGCUUCCUGCCAGUAACCAUGUUUUCAAUAAAUACUCUUUCAUGUACAAA